UCGAAAGCCACCACAAAUACCGCAUGGCACAUCGACGACUAUCAGCGGCUUCUCAGAAACAUUUUCAUUUCACUCCAGCCCCGAAUCGUUCAUAGCGUCACGCGUUCCAGUAUUUUAAGUCGAGUAUCCUGA